CCACAGUUCAGACAUUUCCCCAAAAAUCCAAGAGAGGACACAGCAGCGCGAGAACCGUGGGAGAAACCGGCGUUUGAUUUUCCCAACAUCCUCUCCUUGAAUCCUGCUCCACAUAUUUUGAUCUUCUCCAUUUCUAUAUUUAUCUCACUAUGUUGGGCGGAUUAUGUUUGGCGCGUGCCGCGGCAGCAGUGGCGGUGCUGUGCGCCGUGCUGCCCACAGGGACGCUGGGUUCCCCGGUGGUGGCGCCAGAGCCGAUUCGAUGCGCGCCGUGCACCCCGGAGAAGCUGAGCCAGUGUCCGGCGGUGGCGCCCGGGUGCGCCGAGGUGAUGCGGGAGCCCGGCUGUGGAUGCUGCCCCGCCUGCGCCCUGAAGACCGGCGAGCUGUGCGGGAUGUACACGGCGCCGUGCGGCUCCGGACUGAGGUGCACCCCGAGACCCGGCGACCCGCGGCCGCUGCACUCCCUCACCCGAGGACAAGCCGUGUGCACGCAGAGCACCGAGCCCGAGGCGAGCCCCGAGCCCCAGACGCAAGAUCAGGAAGAGCCAGAGGCCGAGAUGGACAACGCUGCCAUCGUCUCUGACCCCGGCUCCAACCACUACCUCCCCGGCCACACGAAGCCCUACGACCCGAGAGCCGCUGCUGACGCUCAGGAGAGCAUGAAAGCCAAACUCGUCUGUAUCCGCAAGAAGCUGGUGGAGCAGGCUCCUUGUCACAUUGAGCUGCAGAGAGCGCUGGAGAAAAUCGCCAAAUCCCAUCAGAAACUGGGCGACAAGUUAACCAGAUUCUACCUCCCAAACUGUGACAAACACGGGCUCUACAAACCCAAACAGUGCGAGUCGUCUCUGGACGGACAGAGAGGUCGAUGCUGGUGCGUGAACUCCUGGAACGGCAAGAGGAUUUUGGGGUCGACUGACCUGCCCGCAGACGCCGAGUGUCCUUGAAGGAGUUGACCACUGAUGCAGGGAGGAGGAGGAGGAGGAGGAGGAGGAGGAGGAGGAAGAGGAGCAGAAACAAGCCACUGAUUUUUCCUUUUUCAUAGUUGUUUAUUUAUUUUUUAUCUCGUCCAUGGUGGUGUUUAAUUCAGGUACACUGUCAUUUGGGAACUGUGGGUCCCCGUUCUCUUCAGACACCCGUCCCAAAGAGAAAAAGUACAUACAUAUACAUAUAUAUCUGUGUAUAAACAAAUAUAUAUGUAUGUGUAUAUAUAUAUUUAUAUAUAUAUGUAUAUGUUUCUUCUAAAAAGGAGAUUUUAAAGUUGCAUUUACUCUUCAGCCUUAUUUAUUUCAAUGCUACUACAUUUCAUUUUUGUUAUCGUUUGUAAUUAUUUGGUGCAUAUUUAUAUAAAUGUGUUGUUAUUAUUAUUAUUAUAAUAAUAUUUUUUAUGGUUGUUUUUUCUGUAUAAAGUGUACAUAUGUAUCUUGGCCCUGAGGAAAACUCCACUGCUGAUUUGAGCUCGCUCUAAACCUUAAAGGAGUUGUCGACGUUUGGUUCGUGUGAAACUGAACAAAGAAAGAAAACAAGAGAAGGAAAAAGCACUGAGUGACCAAAUGUCAUUUAGAAGAAUUUUCUAAAUGACUCAUUUUCAUAUUGUUGUCAUUGUUUUGUCGCCUUUUUGUUUUAGAACAUUUCCGAUGUCACACACUCUUUUGUCCACGAAUGCAAAACUCAGUCAGGAAACAGUCUCAGAAUACAUUUCCCAUAAUUCCAUGGGACUACAGAUAGCGUGACAGGAGGUGCCUCCCAGCGCUGCAUCUCACACGGGUAUUUCUACAUUUCUUACCUACCUCCGAUUGUUGUGUGUGUGUGUGUGUUGUCUUGCCGUGGUUGUGUUUAACUUUACAUGUCGUGGUUCUUCUUCUCGCUGACCAAGAACUCACACGACCACAAAGAGCGCGUCGCCCUCGGUGAGCGGCGGCGCGCUCCGCUCUGUAUCCACAUGCUGCUGUUUUGGCGGGAAAGAGAGAAUUUUAUUGUUUGUUUGAAUGUGAGUCGGCGCCAAAGUGAUGAACUGCUCACUCACACGUGUAUAUGUACACUUUUUUUUUGUAAUUUGAGAUGUAAAAGAAGAAGAAGAAGAGAGAAAGGUGAUAUAUUUAAUAAAAACGUUAACCUCA